AAUGUCUGAAAAGCUGUUCGCAGACUUCCGUGUGAGAUUAUUCUAUUCUAUUUCCAAGCGUCGAUCAUCUUCCCGGCGGCUUCCUCAACAACACGCGGAGGAAUGUCUGCAUUUCUCAUUUCUCUUCAAAUAAAUCCACGCCCCGCGUUUGAUCCCACAGCUCCGCCGUGAUCCUUAAUUAUCCAAAAGGCUUCAUUUAGUAAUUUUGUUAUCCUUGGGAACACAAGCUAUGGAAUCCGAAACCUCAGGGAUCGCGUACCCCGUGGAUGGUCAGAUUGCAAUCGAUCUGUUUGUGUCCAAGAAACACCCCGGAGUCCCACGUGGCCAUCUCGCCUUUCUCGAUUAUUCCAACAAUCUAAUCUUCAGGAUCAAUCCUCACUCUCCUAAACCAUCGGCUUCCAACAACUACAAGAAAGUACUGCUUGACGCCUCCGGCGAACCCCUCCUCUCAAUUUACCGCUACCAUACCGGGUCUUGGAAAUGCUACAAAGGGGAAAGUAACAAUGACGAGGAUUUGGUGUUUAGAGUUCAGAGGUCCUUGAAAAAGCUCAAUAGAGUUGAGCUGGAGGUGUUUUUGACUGGUGAGAUAUUAGAAGACACAACCUGUGAUUUGAAAGUUAGAGGCUCCCCUUUCCAGAGAUCAUGUAGCAUCUAUAAUGGCAAUUCCUUGUUGGCACAGACUAGCCUGAUGUACAAGCUCGACCAAAUAUUCGUCAGCAGGAAAAAAUUUCGGCUGACAAUUUUUCCUGGAUCCUUUGAUCAUGCUCUGCUUGCGGCUCUGGUUGUAAUAUUUUUGAAUGGAAGGAAAUAAUUUUUCUUGAAGAUGGCAUGUAAAUUAUAUAUUAUUUUUCACUGUUAAGAAUUUUAGAUGUUUAUCUUCGGCUGCGAGGACAAAGUUCUAAUGCAUGUUCUGCCCCUUCUCUGUA